AUGCGGCAGCAGGCAUCACCGUGCCAUGCCAAAUGCAGAAAGGCAGUGAAGACAAUGGGCAUGAUCUAUGCAAGCGCUGUGAUCGUCUUCCUCUGUGUGGACGGCGUGCAGGCGUGGCUCGGGCCUGGGCCGAGUUUCAGGCCACAUGGGCUGCAACGCCAGGCAGCGGACGGAGGAUACCCAGACAUACCAGAGGAUGUCAGGGGGCCUGACGGCAUUCAGAGUGGUAUGCGAUCCAAGCUGAUUGAAGAGGCCAGGGCCAUGGGUGAUGAGGACACCCCAGUGUCUGCUGGCUUCGGCAACCC